UGCACCACCCUGUCACAUGAUUUCACUUCCGCAACUUGUGCUGCCGGUUAGUGAAAAACCCCUGAGCUCAUUCAGGGGAGAAUCCUUGGUUCGGGAUCGGAUUGUGUUGGUGGCAGAAGCUUUUAUGUAGCAACAUGACAGCAGGAGCUGUGAGAGGACUCAGUAUGCCUGUGCUCAGAUUUAACGGCGUCUUUCUGCUGCUGCUGCUGCUGCUGCUGUUUGGACUCUCACUCGGAACCUCUCCAUCAUUCAGUGUGGACUACAAGAACAACUGCUUCCGUAAGGAUGGGGAGCAGUUUCGCUACAUAUCAGGAAGCAUCCACUACAGCAGGAUCCCCAGGGCCUACUGGAAGGACAGGCUGUUAAAGAUGUACAUGGCAGGGCUGAACGCCAUCCAGACCUACGUUCCCUGGAACUACCACGAAGAGUCUCCCGGCCAGUAUGAUUUCAGCGGAGACAGAGAUGUGCAAUAUUUCCUUAAGCUGGCUCAGGAGAUCGGUCUGUUUGUGAUCCUUCGUCCAGGGCCGUACAUAUGUGCGGAGUGGGACAUGGGUGGUCUGCCUUCCUGGCUUCUAAACAAGAAAAACAUUGUGCUGCGAUCGUCUGAUGCAGAUUACAUUGCAGCUGUAGAUAAAUGGAUGGGGAAGCUUUUACCCAUGAUGAAGCCUUACCUGUAUCAGAACGGUGGUCCCAUCAUCACUGUACAGGUGGAGAAUGAAUAUGGCAGCUACUUUGCCUGUGACUACAACUACAUGCGUCACCUGACCAAAUUGUUCAGAGCUCACCUGGGAGACGAGGUGGUUCUGUUCACCACAGAUGGUGCAGGGGUGACGUACCUAAAAUGUGGCUCAAUACAAGACCUCUAUGCCACCGUAGACUUUGGUCCUGGUGCAAAUAUAACUGCUGCCUUUGAAGCACAGCGACAUGCUGAACCUUAUGGACCUUUGGUUAACUCUGAGUUUUACACUGGCUGGCUAGACCACUGGGGAUCCCGUCACUCUGUCGUCUCAUCCGCUCUAGUGGCUAAGUCUCUCAGCCGGAUGCUGGCUGUAGAAGCAAAUGUUAACCUGUACAUGUUCAUAGGCGGGUCAAACUUCGGCUACUGGAAUGGCGCUAACUCACCGUAUGCUGCACAGCCCACAAGCUACGACUAUGAUGCCCCUCUGUCAGAGGCAGGGGACCUCACAGAGAAAUACUUUGCCAUCAGAGAUGUCAUCCGAAUGUACAGUAAUGUACCAGAGGGGCCGAUUCCACCAACGACACCAAAGUACGCAUACGGUUCUGUAAAAAUGAAGAAGCUCCAGACAGUGUCCGAUGCUACAGAAACAUUGUCAUUCUCAGGUCCAGUUAGAAGCAACUUUCCUCAGACGUUCACUGACUUGAAUCAGGCCUUUGGUUUUGUUCUCUACAGGACGACUCUGGCUGUUAAUUGCAGCCAGCCCACCCCUCUGUCAUCACCUCUGAACGGGGUCCACGACAGAGCAUAUGUGUCAGUGGACGGGGUGGCAGUAGGGGUUCUGGAAAGGAACAAGGUCUUGAGUGUGAAUGUGACAGGAAAGGCUGGAAGUCAGGUGGACAUACUGGUGGAGAACAUGGGCCGAAUUAACUAUGGAAGAGACAUCAACGACUUCAAAGGCCUGGUCUCCAAUCUUACUCUGGGACAAGUCCCCCUCACUGGCUGGACCAUGUACAGUCUCAGCAUCGACGAGGCAGUCAAACAGGGCCUACUUGGAGAUCAACCUCCCACACGGACAGAUCAAGGUCAGCCUGCGGCUCUGUCACCUCCAGCCUUCUAUAAGGGAAGCUUCGUCAUUCCCGACGGUAUUCCAGACCUCCCUCAAGACACUUAUGUCAAGCUGCCAGGCUGGAAGAAGGGGCAGAUCUGGAUUAAUGGCUUUAAUUUAGGGCGUUAUUGGCCCGCUCGAGGACCUCAGGUGACCCUUUUUGUUCCUGCCAGCAUCCUGAGUACAGCAGCACCCAACAAUGUGACCGUCCUGGAGCUGGAAGCUGAUCCGUGCAGCUCCCAGUCAUGCACUGUUGAGUUUACAGCAUCCCCAGUCCUCAAUGCAACAGUCCUCUCUGAACACAAACCGCGCAGGAGACUGUUUACUAAAGAGGACCUCCUGUGAAAAUAAGGAAACUCUGCUGCACCAAUGGAAUCAGUUUGCACUGCAAGACUCAGCGUAUGAGCCUGGAAUUAACUGUUUUGUGACAUGAAUUUUUGUUUUCACCCAGUCUGUGUUAUGUAAAUGUCAGUUUAUUUUCUGAUUUUUGUAACUGUAUUCCCACCACCUGAUUUUAACAUGUAUCCCAAAAUCUCCUCUUGUAUCUCCUCUUUUCAUGUCUGAAAGGGAUUAUAAGCAAUGAAAGCUGUGGUAUUUCAUCAUUCAAGAAACAUUUAAUUUUUCAAAUGACUGCCAACUCAGGAAAGUACAUGUUCAGAUGAGUUUUCCUAUCAUUAAAAAUUGUUGCUCUAUAUAGCCUCUAUUUAUUCAGAGGUUGUGUGGUAGUUUUGAUGCUUGUACAAGAUGUACCGAUUAACAUUUAUACAAGCAAUAAAACAAAAAUUUGAUAAGA